UGGUAAUAUAAGUAGUGGUUUAGGAGCUAACCUUUUGUGUUUUUCUUAUAUUUAGACCCAAAUUUUCUCCCAACAAUUCUUCUUUUUCUCUCAAAUUAAUCUGGUCCGGAAAACCCUAGCUAAGCGAAGAUCAGAUGGGGAGGGGAAAGAUUGCGAUCCGUCGGAUCGAUAACACGACGAGCCGGCAAGUCACUUUCUCCAAGAGAAGAAAUGGGCUGUUGAAGAAAGCCAAGGAGCUCGCCAUUCUCUGCGAUGCAGAGGUCGGAUUGGUUAUUUUCUCCAGCACCGGAAAGCUCUAUGAAUUUGCAAGUACCAGCAUGAAAGCAAUUAUGGAAGGAUAUAAUAAGACGAAAGAGCAAAGCCAGCAACUGCAGGAUUCAACAUCAGAACUCAAGUUUUGGCAAAGGGAAGCAACAAAUUUGAGGAAAGAACUACACAGCCUCCAACAAAAUCAUCGGCAAUUGAUGGGAGAAGAACUGUAUGGUUUAAGUGUUAAAGAUCUACAGAAUCUUGAGAACAAACUGGAUAUGAGUUUAAAGGGCAUCCGGGCCAAAAAGGAACAGAUAUUAAUUAAUGAGAUUGAAGAGCUAACCCGAAAGGGGACUAUCAUGCAUCAAGAAAAUCUGGAACUGUAUAAGAAGGUAAAACUCAUUCAACAAGAAAAUUCGGAACUGUACAGAAAGGCUUAUGGCACAAGGGAUCCAGAUGCUGCUGCAGUGACCAAGAAUAAUACAACAACUACUACAUCUGAUUUCACCUUCUGUGGGGAUUCACUUAGCCCCAUAGAUCUCCAGUUAAGCCAGCCUGAGCCCCCUCAAAACUUUGAUGUCAUGUCAAGAGCAUCAGACUUUGGGUAAAGGCUACUGAAGGCAUGCAGGAAAAUGCAACAAAAACACUAACAAGUAUGGGUUGUGGGGAUAAUCUAUUUUUAGUUUUUACACAUGCCAAAAUCAGUUGACUAUAGAAGGCAGAAAGAAUUUAUGUAGUGUAGGCUGCCUGUAAUAAAGCAUGCACAACUUCACCCUGACGACUCAACAUACACUAGCUAUUCCACAUAGUUCCAUUGAAUAUAUAUAAUACUGCCCCUAAUCCUUGGUUGGUUCA